AUGGCUUCAAGCAGCGCUUCCACGAUCUUGGUCAAUCUAGAGUUCGGGUGAGCAGGCACAAGACGCUGCACGCUUGUUUCGAGCGAGUGAGCUGAAUGCGAAAUUCCCUUUUGACUCCAACAGUGGAGGGCUGGAACAGAUCACGCAUGCUCCCCAAGCACGAAGUCAUAAGCUGCGUCUUCCCACUCACGUGCCCAUCGGCUGGUCAGCCAAGUCCAAAUCGUCUUCCGAUCUGAUUGAUGCGGUCGACGCUUCGCAGUCUUCCGGACCGGCAGCGGCAGACGAUGCCAAGCUAGGCGUACAAGCUUCGGACAAACCUAUUGAUAUGCGUUAUCUUGUUUGGCACGUCAAGACUCAUCUGGUAGCCGAGAGGGAAGAGAUGCUUUGCGACGGAGAAGGCGUGUGAGUUGUUCAAAGAACUCUUCAUACCUUCGCUUUGAGCUCAGUCUGAUCCAUGCGCGCGUCUCGCUGACCACAUUGAAUACGCAAGUCGAGCUGGGAUGCUUGUCCUCAUCAACGAUACGGAUUGGGAGCUGAUGGGCGAGCUAGAUGCUCCUCUUGAAGACGGCGACCAAGUCACACUGAUCAGCACGCUGCAUGGUGAGUUGAGACCGUAUGGAUUGCAGAUACAUGAUGAUUGGCUAACGCAGACGAGUAUCGCACAGGUGGUUGA